AUGCCUGAUAAAAUGAUAAAUGUUCUGUCUUUUAAUACUACUCAAAUGGAGACUGAAAACAUUACUUUCCCACUGCAGGACAAAAACGAAUUACUAGAACGCAAGAUAAUCAAAAAAUUGAUUGAAUUACAUAAAGUACAAAAGCUAAAGUGGUGGUAUUUGGCUUUAUACAUAUUAAAAGCUAUCUCACUGCUGAAGAUAUUCAGAAAAUCAGAGUCAAAGGCGAAAUGUGUAACAAUUUUUGUAUGUAGAGCUUGCUACAACUUUAAGCAAUGGAAAUUUGUGAAUAUUUUACUAGGAAAAAUACUAUCCUUACGGACAAGACGACGGGACAAGAUUUCGAGGACAAUAUUUUCAUCUCUGACGUCAGAGAUGAUUAGUGUAACAAUCCCAUUGUUUUUGGGGGGUCAAAUCCGAGUAUUUCGUAAAAGUUUCAAAAAAUAUUGA